AUGGAUAUAACUAGCGCGUACGGGGUGAAGCGCGGCUCGAUGGGCCGGCAGGUUAUGUUCUGCGAGCAGCCGACCGUGCUGUGCGACUCCAUCGCGCCGGACCCCGCGGAGGCGCGCCGCUACAUCCUGCGCAACCCGGUGCACGCCACCGUGCAGCACGCGCCCUGCUUCGCGGAGCACCACCUCAACACCAUCCGGGCAGACUACACCAACUCGGGAGCCAACCACUCGGAAGGCGGCUGGCCGGAGUAUGUCAAUAUCCACGACCCCGAAGCGACACAACGCUACCGAAGGAAACUGGAGAAGGAUGAUGGUUACAUUCGUUGCGUUAUGAAUCUGACUCCGGAGUUGGAACAUUACGUGUAUCAAAACAACGCUAUCGACAUGUACCAAACGUACUACACGGAGCUGAAACAAUAUCCAAAACUAGAAGAGAGCGAUUGCCGCACGGUGAACAUCUUCCGCGACAAACUGCCACACAGCGGCCGCAGAUCUGUCAGCUCCAUCAGCUGGCAGCCGGAGGGCGGGUACCGGUUUGCAGUGUCCUACGUAGACGUGGACUUCAACAGGAAUAAUCUAUCUCCUAUAGAGGCAUACAUAUGGGACGUGGAGCAGUCAACCAGUCCCGAGACGACGCUGGAGCCGCCGUGCCCGAUGAUAGACUUGCAGUUCAACCCGCGCGAGCCGAGCGUGCUGGCCGGCGCGCUGCUGAACGGACAGGUGGCGGCGUGGGACCGGCGCAGCGCACGCGCGCACGUGAUGCUGUGUCCGCCGCACGUGGCGCACCGCGACGCCGUACGCAACGUGCUCUUCAUCAACGCCAAAUCCGGCGCGGAGCUGUUUUCAGGCGGAGUGGACGGUGCCAUUAAGUGGUGGGACCUGCGGUACUUCACGGAACCUACCGAGGAGCUCAUCCUCGACCUGGCAAAAGCGAAUGAGCAGCAGACAUUGACCAAUUCUAUGGGAGUCAGUUCCCUGGAGUUUGAGCAUACGAUACCGACGCGGUUCAUGGUGGGGACAGAAGUGGGAAUGGUCAUUACGGGCAAUCGCAAAGGGAAAACCUUUGCAGAAAAACUGCCCGGAAAAUUUGAUGCGCACGUGGGGCCAGUGUGGCGGGUGGAGCGCAACCCUGGCUUCCUGAAGAACUUCCUGACAGUCGGCGACUGGACGGCGCGCGUGUGGAGUGAAGAGUGCCGCGAGUCCGCCAUCUUAUGGACUGCUCCACACCGCCACGCCAUCACUGACGGCGCCUGGAGUCCUACUCGGGUGUCGCUGCUGAUGCUGAGCAAGUGCGACGGAGUGCUGGCGGUGUGGGACCUGCUGGCGGCGCAGCACCAGCCCGUGCUGAGCACGCAGGUGUGCCAGGAGCCGCUCCUCAGCGUGCGCCCGCACGAGGCGGGCGCGCUGGUGUGCUGCGGGAACUCUGCCGGCAACGUGUACUUGCUGGAACUGUCGCACGACCUCACGCUCAGCGACAAGAACGACAAGCAGCUGCUCACCUCGGUGUUGGAGCGGGAGAGCAAGCGCGAGCGCAUCCUGGAGGCGCGCCUGCGCGAGAUCCGGCUGAAGCAGCGGCAGGCGGAGGAGAGCAGCCCGGCGCCGUCGCUGAGCUCGCUGGACGCGGCGGCGGCGGGGGACAACGACCUGCACCAGGCCACCGCCGAGUUCUUCUCAAUCGUCAAGAAGGAGCUCACCUACUUCUGA